GUAACUGCAAGGAGACGUUACAUAGUCUUUCCUGUGGAUUUAAUUGCGAUUGUUUUGGACUCAAUUACGGCGAACAUUGGAAAAUUGUUCGGAAUAGUUGCACUAACUAAUCAGGAUCUUGAACGGGUUUGCAUUUGUGCGUGUGUAUUUUGGACCUUGGAGGUCAAUCGCUUGUGACAGCGAAGCUAUGGCAGAGCACAUGAUGAUGCCCGUAAAUCCCGGGGCAGGUGGACUCCCAAACUACAGAAUGGGGAUAAACGGACUUCAGGGUAAUCCUGCACAUAAUCAGUCUGGAAUACGGACCCUUCCAAAUGGCCAGCUCUUGCACUAUGGAGGCCCGGGCAUGGAUAAUGGGAUGCGACAGAGAGUUGCAUCUAUGAAUGGACAGAUGGGUCAUCACCAAAUGUCGAACGGCAUGAUGUUCGUUGGUCCUAUACAGCAGCAGCAGCAGCAACAACAACAGCAGCAGCAGUAUAUGGGGACUGUGAACUCUCAGCAGUUAAUGGCCAGCAUGCAUUUACAGAAACUCAACAAUCAGUAUCAGGGGCAUCCUUUAAUGAACAUGUCUGCUGGCCCAGUUAUACCAUCCAACCAGCAAUAUCGUAUGGCACAGAACCAGCAUGCCAGCAUGCAACAAGUGACUCCCUCUGCACUAUCACUGAACACUAUGGACAUCGACCUUAUAGAUGAAGAGGUGCUGACUUCACUUGUGUUGGAACUGGGUUUGGACCGGGUUCAAGAACUCCCUGAACUCUUCUUGGGACAAAAUGAGUUUGAUUUCAUUUCAGACUUUGUUAAGCAACAGCCUAGCAAAGUCAGCUGUUGAAGUGAUGGAACAAUUGCUUUUUGUUUUAUUUUAAACUGGACAAUCAUUGGACAUUAAUGACAAAAUUGCACUGGAUCACCCUAUUUUAUGUUUUGUUUCUUUGUGUCUGCAACUGUCUGAAGACAAAUGUUCUUUCUGGACCAUUUCUUCAGCUGUAUUUUCAGCAAUCCAGCAGCAUAUGUAAAUGGACAAGAACUUUUCAAAGCUUUAACUUAUAAUGAUUUUUUAAAUCUGCCAAUCAGUGUGAGGGUGGGGCAGAGCAUGAUAUUGGGGACCACAGUGUUGAUAAACAUUGUAAUAACUAGUACAUUCUCACCAGAUAAUUUUUAGUCUAGUGUUCAGACUAGAUCAGGGAGUUGUUUUUAACCUUAUUUUUGUACCUAGCUUUUGGGUUCCCUAAGUUAUUUUAAUUAACUAUAUUGUCUGAAUAUUGAGGCAUGCAUAUAUUCCUAUUUAAGUUGCAGAAAGUGUAUGUUUGUGUAAUAAGGUGAAAUUGUUCCUAUAGUUGCCCCUUUGAAAAUGGUUCAGGGAACAUGUAACACUAUCUGAGAUAUUGUGUAGAUGUGCACACCAGGGCAGAUAUCUUCAGGGUUGUCAAAACAGUGCAUCUGUACAGCAUUUGAUGGGUUUCUAUCCCACAUAGUCAAUGUAACUGUCAUGCUUUGUCUGUCCUCUGUGCAUGGAGUCAUGCAUUUGGAGUGGUGCAAAGCAGUGAUCUGUCUAAAAAAGAUUUGCUGUGUCGAUAUCACUUCAUUUCACUGGAAAAGACAUUAGAAUAUUUUGUAGAGGGUGAGUAGUAACUUAAACAUAGCAGUUUUAUUUUGCUACCUUUUGAAUGGCAUGUUGUGGGACUGGUAACUCCAAAGAGCCUUGUUUGAUGCAAUAAAAUCACAAAGUUUAUUUUUGGAACUGAAGGGUACAAAGGGUAGGGAAGUGUUCUCAUUCUUCCCUUUUGGCAACUGAAAUGUUUUUUUUUAAAUGACUGUCUAAGCUAACCCCUUCAACUGCUGGCUGCUUCUGCCCCCUACUGUUCACAGUGGCAAAUAGCAAGAUGUCAUUGUUGAUCAAUGAAGUGAAUGUGAACAUAUGAAUUAAUAAAAACAAGAAUGUUACAAACUGUC